AAUGUUUUCUGGGCCCUUGAAAGGUCCAUUUGUUGCUGUUCCCGGCGGUACGCCCGUACAAACUUUAUACCCGUUCCCUCUGCCAGUAUCCGCCAUGUUUGAUUUACUCCUCAAAGCAGCGGCAGGAAGACACGCGCGGAGGUGCAGCACACUUCAACCAUCUUAUAGGAAAAACAAGGGACACACUGUGGACAAGAAAAACAUGAGGGUUCUUCGGAGCAGCAAGCCCCUUCCUUCGCCACGUUCCCUCAAUUCCUCAAACUCCCGCAAAUCAGGUGUCAACAAACAGCGUCCGUUCAAAAUGCCGUUGCCUGACCUGAAAAACAUGAGGGUUCUUCGGAGCAGCAAGCCCCUUCCUUCGCCACGUUCCCUCAAUUCCUCAAACUCCCGCAAAUCAGGUGUCAACAAACAGCGUCCGUUCAAAAUGCCGUUGCCCGACCUGACAGAGGCACUACGUGAUACCCUCAGCAGGAAUAAAACAGCAUACAACCAGGUUAUUGAGCGGUACAUUUCCCUGGCACACGGACUUCCUCCUCCACUAGAUGAAUGUCCCUACCUGUCCCCACACAACAGAAAAAAUAAACCAAGUUCAUCUCCCUUAUACCCCCAGAAGAACCUUUCCAGGACAGGUGCAACCAUCAAGACCAGCACUGUCUCCCCAGCCAUCUCUUUAAGGCAAGAUUCAUCUGAUGUUGAGGAUGACCUUGUUGGAGAAGUGGAGGAAUCACUGCAGAGGAGGAAACAACAGCUUGGGUUAAGUGAUGACUUUAUAUGUGAGGAGAUAGAAGAUGAUGAGGUUGAUGAGGAUGACCCCACUUGGAAUGGCUCUCAUUACCAUGCCAGGGUGAAUUUACCCAGCAGAUUGCAUAAAAAGAGAAAACUUUCUGACAAUCUUAUUACAAACACAGUGGGGUCAUCUGAUGAAAAUAAGUCUCGAAAAAAAGCAAAAGCACCUGUGGAUGAAGUAAGCCUUUCCCAAAACAAAACUACUGAUUUGAGGCAGCUUUCUGUGCAGGACAGGCUUUCAGAUGUGAGCAACUUACCAAGAAGAAGAGGUAGGCCUCCCAAAAGAAAGUCAGUGGUGGAGGUGAAUGAUGAGGGUAAUAUAUCAAAGAAAAGAUGUAGAUUGCCCAAACAAAAGUCAGUGCAGAAGGUGAGCGAUGAGGGUGAUAUAUCAAGGAAGAGAGGUAGACAGUCCAAGGCAAAAGUGGCAGCAGAGAGUCAAGAAAAUCUGAAUCAGAACAACCCAAGGAAUGAACCCAAACGGAGAGGCAGGCCACCCAAGGAGAGUAAAACAUUGAGUGAGAACCCCACCAAGGGCAAAACAUCAAACACAAGGUCAACUAAUGAAAACGAACCCAAACGGAGAGGCAGGCCACCCAAGAAGAAUGAAUCAUUGAGUGUGAACCCCACCAAGGGCAAAAUAUCAAACACAAGGUCAACUAAUGAAAACGAACCCAAACGGAGAGGCAGGCCACCCAAGAAGAAUGAAACAUUGAGUGUGAACCCCACCAAGGGCAAAAUAUCAAACACAAGGUCAACUAAUGAAAACGAACCCAAACGGAGAGGCAGGCCACCCAAGGAGAGUAAAACAUUGAGUGUGAACCCCACCAAGGGCAAAACAUCAAACACAAGGUCAGCUAAUAAAAACGAACCCAAACGGAGAGGCAGGCCACCCAAGAAGAAUGAAACAUUGAGUGUGAACCCCACCAAGGGCAAAACAUCAAACAAAAGGUCAGCUGAUGAAAGCAGUGUGCCACAAAAGAGAGGCAGACCAUUCAAACAGAAAGGAACAGGGACUCUAAAGAUCCACACUCAAGACUGUAAUGUUGUGCUGAGAAGGCUUGGUGGGGGCAGGGAGGGCAUCCAGUCUGUAAACAAAACAAAUGAAACCAGAACAGUGUGCAGUAUUAGAGGUGCAGAAGAGGAGCAAAGACCUCAAGAGAGCAGUGAUGGUACUGUGAAGUUGGUGCAGGAGGCAGUGGGAGGGACUGCUGGUAUUCUGCAUAGGGUUGAAUAUGGGAAAUAUAUAAUCUGCCUCCUUGACACCAUGGACACGAUACUUAUCAUGGGAAAUCAAAACUCGCCCAGUGAAACUAGUUAUGGCAAGGAAACAGAAGCAACUACAGGAAAGACUUCCAAAAAAAAGAAGAAAAAAGCCCAAGAAAGAGAAAAGAGUACAAGAACUCAUACUGGCAGCAACAUGGAAGCAAACACACAAGUAGAACAAACUGCUAACAAAAUUACUAACAUAGAAAAAAGAAAAAAGGUUGAUCAAACAACUAAAAAAACUAACAACAAAGAAAAGGAGAAAAAAGCCAUAGAAAAACAGCAGACAGUGGAUAAGAAGGCAAGGAGUAGCACAAGAACUGAAUCCUCACUCCAUCAUAAGGUGAUGCAACAGUCUGAGUCAACUGUUGAACAUCCUACAGUGAAAAAGAUGGGACAGAAUAACAGCCGAAAAAGGGAGCACAUCUCAAACGCAGUCAAGUCACCGAAGAGACAAAGGAAUGAGUCAAGCGUGCCCGCCAAGGCUUCUGUUGCAGCACACCUGGCCAUAGAUGCCAUGUUGUCACCUGGGCAGAAUAGCAGCAUUGUUCCCAGCAGUGAAGGCAAUGUGCUGAAGAGAUUACAUGUUGAUCCAGAUGCAGGAACAGAUAAAGCUACAGGUCAGUUUAUGCAGCAUGAACCUUCGAACACCGGUGAAUCACCAAAUCAGCCAAAAAAAGCACGUGACCUAGAAGUCUCUGACAGAAGUCUUUCUUCCGAUGGGUCAGAGUCAGAGUCAGAGUCAGAGUCACAGGAUGAAGAUGGAUGGCUUACUGAUAGUGAUGAAGAUGACAUGAUUUCAGAAUUUAGUGCAACCCAGAAAAAGGAGAGCCUCCAUCGGACACGAGAAAGGCUGAAAAGAAGGAAUUACAGACCAAAGCACAGAGAGUCAGUGAGCAAAAUUAUAUUUGAUAGUAACGAUGACAUCCUUAUUUUGGAACCACCCAAGCCUGUGCCCAUGUCAGAAGACAAGAAAGACAACACAAAUUCUGAAAACAGCCAGAGCACAAAGGGGGUGCAAGGCAGACCCUUCAUGAUAUCGUCAUAUGUUUCCUUGAAGACCCAAAGAGCCAAUAGGAGAGCUGCAGGUGGACACCAGCAAAGCCUGACCACUAGCAGUUCCUACAUCCAAGGCCUCAUCAAGAACUCCAUCAUGAAAAAUGUUCUAGAGAUGAUGACUUCGGCCUCAACCAGGGUACCAGUGGACGGUCAAACGGAGGAGGAACCUGACCCUGAGGACAUGUGGGAUCUCCUGCCAGCCCUCCCCCAGCGGUCCUCCAGCUCCCUUGCCACAAGGGCUGCCCAGACCAGCCUGCAAGAAUCUGGCAUAACGGAGACUGCAGCCACUGCUCCAGAGAGGCCAACAACUGUCACCAGCACCAACAUUAGUGGUGCAGUCAUCACAUCAAAGGCCUCCAAGUUAAAGAGGAACUUCUGGACAAUCGACAGCGAUGAGGAGAAAGAGGAUAAAGACACAGAAGAGACAGAGUCACUCUUCAUGCCCACACCCCCCGUGGCCUCACAGCUGGUCCAAGAGAGCACCGUGCUUUCCAACUACAGCUCCCAUGGCCCUGAGCAUUGGAUGUCAAUAGCUAGAGCUAUAGGGAAGCGAAAAAAGAACUCCUUCCUGAGACUUAAAUUCCUGUAAAAAUGCUGCAUAAGUCUUAAGGUAAUCUAAUAUUUAAUAUUAUGUUGUGUGAAGAUUAAUAUCGAUCAGAGGAUUUAAUUUUAAUAAUGUCUAUUUUUUUCACAUUUAUUAUGUAUCGCCUCUCUCCAAGGAGGGCGAUGUUAUUGAUUGUGUGGAUAUUAUACUAUAUACUUGUAUCCCACCACAGGCUCAAGGGCCAGUGUUACGGAGAAGAGCACCAAGGCCAUGCGCUCCUACAGCGUAUGCCCCCAACUUUAUCUUUAUUUAUAUAAAGUUAUUAUAUAGUAAUACAUGUUUGUUCUAAUAACAAGGUUUCAUUAGUGUCAUAAAAAUCUUGCAGAAUUUGGGAAGUGUAAAGGGGCUAUCGUACUGGGCAAAUUUUCUGUCCAUAUCAAUAGUUUUUGUGACCAUGUGUGCCUAAUUAAACAAGAGUGUAAUGUUGUGUCGGAAAGAUGUAAGUUAUUGCCAGGUGCGGACAUUUUUUCUGCGGCGACUGUAGUUGCUUGGGUGAUGCUGUGAGAGACAGACGCACAGAGUCGCUUCCCUCUCUACUAUACGCAGUUCUACACUGCAGCCUUGACAUUAA